CGUGGUGGGGUUGGCACCUUGGGGACUGCCGAGCAAGCAAUGGCUCAGAUCCCACCCUCUGUCCAGCUACCCAAUAGAUAAAGAAGUGGGGGUGUGGUCUUAGCGGGAUUUUGUCAGCAUUUGAAAUGCGCUUUCAAAGCCCAGCGGCGUGCUGUCGUUGGUGCCGAAGCCACGAACUGGUUUUCAGCCAACUUCCCCAAUUCGGCUUUAUGAUUGCUUGUCAUUGGUUAGAGAACUGGGCGACAUGCAAACUCCAACGGUCGAACGAGUACUAAGCUUAUGUAUAAUCAAUGAUGUAAGUUGUAAUUGUAUUAUAUACAGGACAGAUCGGAAUACCGCGCGCGAGCAAGCGAGAAGACGAUAUGAAUAGUGGAUUACCGAUUUGGUAGCUGAAAUGGAUGACAACUCGAUGAGUGAGCCGCUUGCAAGCAGAAAACUCCAUCCGUACGUACCAAGUGGAGCCUGGCGAUGGUUUGAGAUGCUCAUGGAAUCUUUCGAGGUCUCUCGGCGGAAAUGCUCCAGGGUUCCUUCCAUGAUGGGGGUUGGGGGGAAGGUGUCGGUCUCGAAUUCUGCCGGGUAGAACCCCGUCUUUUGCUGUCCGUAGGGAAAGAGGACAGACAUAGGAAGGUAGAUACAUAUAAGGGGUCCUUCCCGCCUUUUUGACAUCUAUCUAUAAGUUCAUCUCAUCACCAACCAACCCAUCAUCCCAUCUUGUCUUCCGCUCCUAUGCAGAGAUUCGCCCACCCGCUUCGCACACUCCUCAAAAACACCACCUAUAGAGUUGCUACUCCCCGUCCUAUCACCACACCAAUUACUACCCCGAAGAUGUUUUCCUCCAGCAAAACCACCCCCGCCGUCCAGAGCGCUGACGGCUUCCUCUCCCACAUCAAAGCCCGUCGCACAAUCUACGCCCUCAACAAGACCCUCCCCAUCUCUACCGACCGCGUCCAAGAAAUCGUAAAGGAAUCCCUCCUCCACGUCCCCUCUUCCUUCAACUCCCAAUCCAACCGCGUCGUCGUCCUCCUCGGCGCCGAGCACGACAAGUUCUGGGACAUCACCACCGCCAUCCUCAAGUCCAUCGUCCCCGAGGAGAACUUCGCCUCGACGGCCGCCCGCAUGGCCGGGUUCAAGGCCGGCGCAGGCACUGUUUUGUUCUUUGAGGACCAGGACGUCGUCAAGGGCAUGCAGGAAAAGUUUGCCCUUUAUGCUGAUCGUUUCGACCCCUGGGCUGGCCACUCAAGCGCCAUGCUCCAGUUCGCAGUCUGGACUGCCCUCGAAACCGAAGGCCUGGGCGCCAACCUCCAGCACUACAACCCCCUCGUCGACCAGAAGGUCCAGCAGGAGUGGUCCGUCCCGUCGACGUGGAAGCUCUCCGCUCAGCUCGUAUUUGGCGGCAAGGCCGGCGAGCCAGGCGAGAAGACCUUUGGGCCUUUGGAGCAAAAGUACAGGGUUUUUGGUUCUGCUUAGAGAGCUGGGAGCAGGUCCAGCAACAACGUGAAAUGGACUGCAAAGCACAAUAUAAGCAGGCAUUAAGAGCAAGGCGUGGAGGACAUCGUGAGUGGGCGUUGAAACAGUGGUUUUUUUUUUCAGAAGUUUAAGAGAAUACGAAAUACCCCCUUUUAUUCAAUGAUGGCGGAUACAGACGACUGGAAUGAAACCUAGAGAGAAGAUGUACAUAUACCUAUAGAGCAUC